AAAAAAAAAAAAAAAAAAAAAGAAAAGAAAAACUAAAAAAAGGAAAACAGGAAAACUAAAAAAAAAAAUUAUAUAUAUACACAUCAUAUAUUAUUAUAUAUAGAAAAAAUUAUAGAAUAUGCCUGUUGUAUUAAUAACAUCAGUUUCACCUUCAGGAAAUUUGGUUACAACAAAGAAAUUUCAAGAUUCGAAAACAUCAUCAAACUUGUUUGAAAAUAAUAUAACUGAUAAUAAUAAUAUUACUAUUACUACGAAUAAUAAUGACAUAGAUAUGACAAAAAAUUUAAUAAAUAAUGGGCAAAAUUUCUCCUCAAUGGGAAACAUUGAAUAUAUCACCAAUUUCGAGACAUUUAACGAAAGAACAUAUGACGAUGAUAAAUCGUCAUAUCAAUAUAAUAAUUUUACUAAUCAUAAUAUAAAUAAAAUUGUGACAGAAAAAAACGCCAAUGAAAAUUUAAAUUUUAAAAAUAAUGCUAAUUUAAUUUCAAUUCAUGAAAAUUCAAUUUACACUACUUCAUCAUCAUUAUCAUCAUCAAUAUCAUCAUCAUUUUCUUCAUCAUUUCUUUCUAGUUCGCCAGAGUCUAACGUUAACAAUAUAAUUAAUUAUUUAAGUAUGCAACAUAUAACGACGACAUCUUUAAAUACGAUAAAUACGGUUAAAAAUUCUUUAACCUCUCAUUUGAACCAAAAUAUUUACGAUAACAACAUUAUCAAUAAUUCGUUAAAUAGUAAUAAAAUUUCAGCAAAUCUUCAUGGGACUAAAAGUAAUGUAUUGGUUUGAUAACCCCCCCAUAUAUAUAUUAUAUAUGUAUUAUAUACAGUAUAUUAUUACGUAAUUUAUAUCUAUAUAUAAUAUUUCCCUUUAACUAUUUAACCCUCCCCCCAAAAAACUCCCCUUCCCCCCCUUUUCCCUUUUAAUCGUUCCGUGUUUUUUUUUAUAUAUAUAAAAAAAAAUCCAGUUUUUUCAACCUGUAUUAGUUGUUUAAAUAUUUU